AUGCUUGCCUGGGGUGUUAUCCUGGGGCUCUUGCCCGUGUUGCUGGGGUCCGCCCGGGGAGAGCCCAUCGCAGAAACUAGCUGUCCUGGAGGCCAGUCCUGGAGUCCCGACUUGGAAAAGUGCAUGGAUUGCUCAGUGUGCCAACGUCAAAAUAAGAAUGAUUUUUGCUCUACCUGUGGAGACCCCCAGCCCACCAACACCCUCAAUUUGUGGGUGCUAGUUGGGGCAUCGCUUGGUGCUGUUUUUCUGGCUAGCAUCAUUGCGGGCACAAUCAUUUAUGCCCGCUGCCGAAGGCGAGAAAAAUUCACCACCCCAAUUGAAGAAACUGGAGGCCAUUCAGCUCAAGAAUCACUGAUACACUGA